AUGACUGAUAUUAACUUUGGAGGUAAAAUCGAUUAUGGAAGAUUAGAAGAUAGAAACAACUAUUUCAUGAAAGUCGAUUCAUAUGAACUUAUCAAGAGAGCUGAAAAUCUAUCUGUGAACUUACGAAAAGACAAAAGAAUUAAACAUAUGGCACAAAAAAGAGGACUAAAAUCUGCAGACACAAAUAUUGAGGAAAAUGAUUUUGGAUUAAUCCCAAAUUACGGAAAACUCAAGCAGCAAGAGAGAUUAAAUGCGCUGAUAUUGAGUAUGGGUAUAAUACAUAACGAUUAUAAUACUUUGAUCUAUUUAAAACAAUUUAGGAAAAUAUUAAACGAAACAAGUGAAGAGAAUUAUAAAGAAAUGCUUACUCCCCCUCUCUGUGAGAGGACAAAACCAUUGGAAAAAUCCUUAUUUUUUGCCCAAAAACCACCCUCCGUGAGCGAACAAAAAAAUUUUUUUAAUAUAACAAUUUUUUAUGAAAAGGAUUUUGAUAUAUAAGUGAUAAUAAGUAAAAUGAAAUCUCUAGCUAAUUCUGUUUAAUUUUUAAACAAAUUGCAUUUUCAAACAUAAAUUUUAUAAAUUAAAUAAAUAUUUGCUUUCCAAUUUUUCGAAUUGGGAUUUUUUUUAAAUUUCGAAAAUAAAAAUUUACAAUAAAAUUUAUAUAAAUUUUUUUGUUUGCUCACGGAUGGGUUGAGUUAGUAAAGAAUGCAUACAAACUUUAACAAAGUAUUUAGAUUGUGGGUAUUCUGAUGAAAUUUCAUCUGAAGUUGCUUUAUCACUUGUUAUGAUUACUAAAGGAAGCCAUAAUCAGACUGAAGAGCUUGUAAAAAACAAUUUUAUUGAAAUUCUUAUGAACUCAAUCUCUUUGCAAAAACCAAAAACUACUGAAUAUUCAUUUUAUGCAUUAAGCAACAUAUUAGGGGAUUGCAAAGAAUUUAAAGAAAUUUUGAUAAAAAAAUAUGAAUUUUUUGAGUUUUUAAUGCCAUAUGGACAAUGGGCUCUACAAGAAAAUAAUAUCGAGUUACUAAAAGGAAUAUUUUAUUGUGUCCUAAACAUAGCCUCAAGCUUAAAGUCUUUUGAUCUGCUUAAAAGAAUUUGAAAUUUUAUUAUCCAGUUUACAUAUAUUGAAGAUUCAAGCAUAAUUGAAGUCAUUUUAUGAAUUUUCCAUUAUUGUCUAACCUCAGACCUCAGUGGUGUAAAUGAGCUAGUAAACGAAGUUAUCCUCAGAUGAAUCCUAUCAAAAUUUGCAUCAGAUAACUCCAUAAUAGCUGUAAAAGUGAUUGGAGAUACGUCUUAUUUUGAUUUAACCCAGCUACUCCUAAAGUUAGACACCCUUGAUUGUCUAUACGAUCUAUACAGAGGAUCUAUCACUCCAACGCAGAAAUUUGAUAUAUGCUACAUAAUAAGCAAUAUUGUUGGAGAAAAUAACUCUUAUACACACAACGUCAUUACCCAUCCUAUCAUAAGAAAAAUCAUCAAGGCUUUAAGCUCCCAACAUAGUGAUGUCGUUUUAGAGGCAAGCUGGGUAUUUUAUAAUAUUUCGAGGACUGCAAAAAAUGAAGACAUAAUGGUCUUAGUAGAUGAUAAAAAUAUUUUUUCUGAAAUUGGAGAAGUUUUGAUUGAUUCUGACUCACAAGUUGUACUUAAUUUGCUAUGCUUUGUGGAAAGAGCUUUAAAGGUGGGGAAAAUUAAUGCGGACAAAAACCAUGAAGAUGUGAAUAAAGUUUGCUGCUUAAUUGAUGAUUCUAACUGUUUGAAUGCGCUAGAAAACUUGCAAAGUUAUAGAAAUGAGCGGGUUUAUGAUUUUGCGAUGGAAAUUAUGACGGAUUUCUUUGGAUUUGAGGAUAAUUUUGUGAAUUUUGAAAAUGUGCCUGAUAAAUUUGAAUUUUCUUAA